AUGAGGAACGACGCCGGCGACAUAGUGGACCUUUAUAUUCCCAGGAAAUGUUCGGCAUCCAAUAAACUCAUCCACUCCAAGGACCACGGCUCUGUCCAGAUUAACAUCGCUGAUGUGGACGAAAACGGUGUCAUCACCAACGAAGUGACCAGCAUCGUCUUGAGCCGUGACAUCCGUCGCGUGGGCGACGCCGAUGCCAACGUGGCUGAGCUCUGCGCCCAGGCCGGCAUCCGGUGUGUCGAAGAGCAGUAA